AUGGCCGCCAAUGUAGAGGCUUCUCUAAGUGCAUCAGUUGAUAAAAGUGAUGAUAGUUUACAAAAUAAAAACGAAACGGACGCGAAUUUAUCAAACACUCCUCAAUCACCGGAAUUGGAAAAAUCAUGGCCGCAUUUAAUGGUUUCCAGGCCUUACAAAACGGCAAGAAAACUUCCCGAAGUAAUGGAUAGAUUAAAUAUUUUCAAUUGUGUAAUUCUUAACUGUUCCAACAUUAACUUGUUGUUUAUCAACAAAAAUAAAGUAAACACUGGUAAAAUCCAUCCCAACAUGGCCUUAUCGAUAUUGUCACUUUUAAUACAAUGCAAGUUCGAUUUGUCAUUUUUAGUUUGGUUUGACAAUAUUAUUCAUCGAGUACAGUAG